UACAAAUUGCUCAACAAGACGGCAGAAGUAUUAUUAAGAUUAAAAUUUAUAAAGAUUAGCGUUUAUCGAUGGUAAAUUUAAACAUACUAACAAGCGAAUACAACAACCACACAAACCUACAAAGAGACGUCACAGUGAAAAGUAGUAAAACAAUAACAAUAAUAAUACAAAACCUAAAAACAAGCAAAGAAAUAUGCAUUAGAAGUGAAAAAUGAAAAAUUAGAGCAACAAAAGUUUGCUUGCGUGGAGAAAAGCCUGCCAAAAAUCCAAAAUAUUAGAUUAGCACAUAAGAAGUGUCAUAAUACAACAACACCAACUGCUAUAGGUAGGUUCAAAUUAUGAGUAAUAACUCUGCAAGCAAUGGCAAUGGCGGUGGUGGUGGUGGAGGUCGCCGUUCACAACAAGUGGAUUGGAAUCGUUUUGGCCUAAGCCACGAUGAUGAUGGCGAAGUAGUUGUAGCAAAUUUUCGUCAACGAGGAGCUAACACUGGUGGCUUUGUAGAUCUGGGUAAUGAACACACAUAUGCUUCGGGUGGUCAUCAGGCAUCGGGAGCUAAUGAAAUCUUUGCUCAAGUGCAAGGAGAUAAACCAUGGUGGCGCUCUAAUUUUUUCAUAUCUCAGCCCGUGUUAUUUGGUACCUGGGAUGGUGUUUUUACCUCCUGCCUCAUCAAUGUGUUUGGCGUUAUUGUAUUUCUUCGUUCUGGCUGGAUUGUGGCCCAAGCUGGCAUACUCAAUGCCAUGCUUAUUAUAUUCUGCACAGUUAUUAUUGCCUUAGUGUCAGUACUGUCAGCGGUGGGCAUAUGCGAAAGAUGUCGUGUUGAAAGUGGGGGUGUAUAUUUUCUUAUAGCUCAUACUUUGGGCUCACGUUUUGGUGGUUCUUUAGGUUUGCUAUAUUGUUUUGGCCAGGCCGUGGGUUGUGCUUUAAAUGUUAUGGGCUUUGGAGAGUCCAUGGCUGGCUUGGUGGGUCUGGAAGGCAACAAAUGGGCCAUUCGAGGUUUCGCAGCAGCUGCAGUCAUUUUAUUGGGCUGUAUCAAUGUGGCUGGUGUGAAGUGGGUCAUCAAGCUUCAGUUUAUACUGCUGAUGAUACUAUUGAUAUCCGCCUUGGAUUUUAUGGUGGGCAGUUUUAUUGGCGAAGAUCCUGGUGAGUAUUUGAAAAAUAGAGAUCAUUGGCAAAUUUUACUUCUUCUUUUUCUUCUAGAAAAUGGCUUUGAUGGCUGGGUAAGCAGUAAUUUUGUGGAAAAUCUUUGGCCGAAAUAUGAAGAUGGUUAUUCCUGGUUUCGGGUAUUUGGAGUAUUUUUCCCCACUGUAACUGGUGUACUGUCUGGUAUUAAUAUGAGUGGUGAUUUAAGAGCUCCCUCCACAGAUAUACCUAAUGGCACCUUGGCGGCUUUUGGAACUUCGACAUUCCUAUAUAUGGUCUUUAUUUUAUUCCUCGGCUCCACCUGUCAGAGGGCAACUUUGCUUACUGACUUUAUGAUUUCCGUGAAAGUGUCUGCCGUACACUUUUUGUUAUUGGCUGGUAUAUAUGUAUCAAGUAUGUCAUCGUGUUUAGGUGCAAUGUAUGGUACACCUCGUGUCUUACAAUCAAUUGCCAAGGAGAGCGUUAUUCCUGGAAUUGAUAUCUUAGCAAAGGGAAGAGGUCCCAAUAAAGUGCCCCUAUACUCCAUGGCAGUUGUUGCUGUAGUCACUGUGACUUUUAUUAUUGUCGGUGACAUUAACUUCUUGGCUCCCAUUGUUACUAUGCCAUUUUUGCUUACCUAUGCUUGCAUUGAUUACUCCUAUUUCGCUUUGGCUCAGACUUUCGAUAUACAGGAGCAACGUGAAGAACGUUUCCGCAUACAAGCCUCUUCGCCCUCCUAUGAGACUCGUCGAUAUGGUGCCACACAAGAUGGGAAUGAUUUGGAUUUACUCUUUCCCGAUAGAGUGCGACAUAAAAAUUUACAAAGUCCACAAAAUUCACCUUUACAUGUGCCUUCAACAACGAAUAAUGUAAACACACAACAAAAUGGCUUUGUUACAAACACAGAAGCUUCCACAGCGUCAUCGACACCAGUUUUCCAGGAAGGUGUGAACAGUACAAAUGCGGAUGGUAACCUGGAAGCUGUUACCACACAAGACAAUGAGGAUGAGGAGCCCAUUGCUCCCAUAAGACCACCAAUUCAUUCGAAAACAAAGAAUUGGUAUUCAGGGUACUGCAAUCGCUGGGCAUCACUUUUGGGGGCCUUUACCAAGCUAUUGGUAAUGUUGUUGGUCAACUGGUAUUAUGCCUUGACCUGUUUCCUGGUUGUUUUUAUUGUUUGGUUCUACGUGGGCACAGCUAAUCCAGCCGUUAAACCAGGCCUUACAGCAGAAUUCAAUUUCUUUGCUUGGCUUAAAAGUGUCAUAUUCAGAUGUUUUGGCAAACGAGUGCAUGAAUAUGAGCAAAUUGUUGUAACACCCUCAUGCCCGGGUGUUGAUCUAUCGCCCACCCAAAUGAAUGAAGAAAAUGAGGACUUUUCCCAAAGGAGAAGAUACCAUCAAUCGUCUGUUAUAGAGGGUCACUUAGUUAACGAUAUUUAAGAUCUACAAUACAUAGCUUUACAAACACAAAUUCACCAACAGACCCUAAAGCCAGCCAUUGCAGCAGGACCAAGAAAAUAUUUAACAAAAUUACCCUUCCUUGUCUUGAAAAACAAACAAAACGACAAAAUGCUGGUUCUUUUUUGAAAUGGCUAUAAAGCAAUAUUUAGGACAAAUAUUUACACAAAAAAAAAAAAAACAAAAGUUUUGCAAAACAAACAAAAGCUCAAUAAGACAAUUUUGAUAAAAAGAAACUUUUUAUAAUUCCCCACAAAAACACUCUUUAUAUACAUAUAUAUAUAUUUCCUAAAAACUUUAUACAUAUUUAAAGGAAAACAAAAUCAACAAAAACACAUUCAAUAGCAGCAUUUACCAUGGAUAUACAAUUGGCAAGAAUUAUGCAUUUCUUCAAAAUUUUAUUUAGCUGACUUCAUGCAUUAUGGCUAGCCAUUCUAUCAUUAGUUUGAGUUCCUUAAGUGUUUUUGCUUAAGCAAAUAGAGUUCAUCGUCGUUUAUGUUGUUCCAAAUUCGAACAUGUUCUGUUUUUGGAAAGCAUAUGUGAUACUUGAGAUAAUAACUAUUUAAAGUUAAACAAACUGCUUUAUACUCGUGUCAUAGGACAUCAAUAUCAAUCAAACAAACAAAUUAAUCAAAUUGAAAAGGGAAAUCAAACAAUAAGUUUUAAAAUACAAAAUUCCUAUUUUGAGUCCUUUUCUUUUUGGUAUUUGUAUAACAACUGUUUUUAUUUGGUUUAUUCUAAAUUUAAACGUUACACUAUUGCUAUGAUUAAUCACUUACGUGUCUACUGUCUUUACUUAAUUUAAUUUGAAUAUUUGUGAAAUAUUUAAAACUAUUAUUAAGCAAACAAAAGCGCUAAAUUAUUUAACACCAUGUUUAAACACUACC